AUGUCAGAAAAAGAUUAUUAUGAAAAUGACGAAGUUUUCUCGGGUAAAUCGAUAACUAGUCACAAUAAAUUUUUCGGUAAUUGCACAGCGAUAAGUCCAGACAGUCGACAAAUUGUUACUUUUAAUCCAAGUAAAGAUAGAUGCGAAUUUAAGUUAUAUGACAUUGAUGAUUUGAGUUCAAGUAAACGUACUUUUACGUCUGAAGGAGUUACUAAUAAUCUCCCUUGUUGGUCAAUAGCAAUAUCUAACUGUGUAGACAAUAAAAAAUCACGUCUCAUCGCUUUAUCUUGUUUUAGUGCAAAAGAAUUAGAAAUUCAUGGUGAUGACAAAAAUGACGAAAAAGACUUAGAAUCUGGUAAUAAAUAUCUUCGUCCUCAAACAUUGAUUAUCUCUAUUACAGAUGAAGGAGAAACGUAUACUUAUUUAGGACCAGAACCAAUUGGCGGUGUUGUAAGAUUCCUUGAUAGCGACGAUAGUGAUUGUGAUGAUGGCAAUAGUAAUAAUAAUGGAGAUGAUAGUGAUCAACCGUUAAAAAACAGAACAGUACUCAUUAUAGUUAAUGUAUCAGGAAUUUAUAAAGAAACCAUGAAUCAUAUUAAAAGAAAAAUUUUUUUCUCGCGUUCACCCACGAUUAAACAAUUCGAAUUACCCCAGAAACUUUCAAAACGUCUUUCAAAACGUCUUUCAAGCAUUCACUGGGAAAAAUCAUUUAAGCUCUUACACAAAAGUAUUAUUAGAAGCCACUUUAUAGUACAUUCUUUUGAAAAUGAACAACAAAUCAUCGAAAUGUAUAGUUUAAUCACUGGUGAUCUAGAGAUGUUAUUUAAACGUUAUGAAAAUUUGGUAGCUUCCAACAUGAUUCGCGGUUCUCCCAUCUUUGCAAUCUCUCAAAAUGAAAAAAUUUUAGCAUUUUGUCAGCAAGCUACUAGCAUUACGUUAUAUUCUAUGGAAAAUGGUUUAGAAAUAACUACUAAACAAUUAGAAGGUCAAAUAGGAAUUUAUAAAAUUUUGGAUGUAAAUUUUAUUGAUGAUGAUAGUAAACUUUUAAUAGUUCUUGAAGAAAAAGAAGAUCGACAGCGUGAAGAUUCUGUGAAUCAUCAAAUAUUUGUAGUAUGGGAUUUAUUUACCACAUUUAAAAAUUCCAUACGUCAAAUUGAUUAUUCCGAAACUAAGAAACCUCUAAAAAUGGAUCUCACAUAUAGAUUAAUGAAUUCUCCCGGAAAUAUGUUUGCGGUUAGAGAUGGCGGAGAUGUUUUUUCAGUAUUAGAUCAUAAAGAUGUGGCUUCAAUUAGAGAUCCUUCAGUGAAGGCAAUAAAAGAAAUUAAUAUUCCUACGAGUGGCGUUGAUCAUGUAAUUUAUACUGUAGAUGGGAAAAUAUGCGAUCAAUUAAUUAUAGACAAUGUUGAACCUUGGCAACCAAACAAAAAAUAUUUACGAAUAUCAGUUUUCUUGGAUUCUACUAAAAGUACUCAACUUAUUAUAUCGCAUAACACUAUACAAGUAUGGAAAUGGAAACGUCAUAGUAAUAAUAUUACAGAAGAACCAGACAAAGGUGAUCGAAUAUUGGAAUACAUCCGGGCUCGAAAAAAAGAGAUAAAAGUUCAAGAACUAAAAGUUGGGGAACGAGAAUUUGUUUUAAAAGUUUCUACCAAUUCUACUGCAUCAGAAACAAAGACGAUACAUUGGCCAAAUAAUGUAAAUAUUCUUGAAGGGGCCUGUCAAGCACUUUAUGUAUUAACAGAGAAGAAACAUGAAAAUUCCAUAACUAGUUUCAAGAAUGUUAAAUCAAAUUGA